AUGGGUGUGAGAGUAGUGACAGUGAGAGCUUCAUUGGAUACUCAACAAAGACUCUCAUACAACCGGAACGCCCCGAGAAAGAUACCCAAACCCGAAAGCCCCAGCACUGUUACUGGCACCGCCAAAACCCCUCCAACUGUCACCCUAACUGCCACAACUACCUCCGUUUUUGACCUUCUCAAACGCCCAGCUCAAGGGGAAACAGUACGAACCGAUGAGUUAUACUUGGGCUAUGAGCGAUGGGUGCCUAGUCCAUCAAAGGUACAGAAGCGUCUGCCUAGUCCUCCGAAGGUACAGAAGCCUCGGUCUGUACUCAAUGCGGCAUCAUUAGCUUAUAUUGGUGAUUGCAUUUACGAGCUAUAUGUUCGCAGGCAUUUUUUGUUUCCUCCCCUGAGUAUCGAAGAAUAUAAUGAUCGUGUGAUGGCAGUUGUACGUUGUGAAGCACAGGAUGCACUGCUCCAGAAACUUCUGAGUGAUAAUUUUUUAUCAGACGAAGAAAGGAGUGUUCUCAAAUGGGGAAAGAAUAUUGGUUCAGCUGCUAAAACACGAACAAAAAAGCGUGCUGGUGUGGCAGUUUAUAAUAGAGCAUCUUCACUGGAAACAUUAGUUGGUUAUCUCUACCUGACAAAUAUGGAGCGUUUAGAAGAAGUCAUGAUUAAGCUGGGAUUCUCAACUGAUUCUUCUAUGCAGUUGAUUUCACAGGAGCCUGAGGAGGCAAGCCUCCUAGUUAAUGAAGAUGGCGCUAAAAUCAGGUGUUCUGUUUGUAUCGUAAGCGGAAGGCUGCCCCGAGUACGAAUUUGUUCAGUUCUAGCGAUACUGUAA